AUGACGAUACUUCAUUCCCUCCACAAGGCAGCAGCCUUCGCUUGCGCAACGCAGCAGCAAGAUGACACUCUCAUGUGCGUUGCUAUCGCCGGCAAGCUUCCGAGCGCCGCGGACCUAGCCAUUGGCCGCUCGACUGAUACGCGGACAAUCGGCCUGCUUCUAGAAACAUGA